CGGGGCAGGCCGAAACCGGGCUGACGGCCAGGCAGCCAGGCGACUAAGAGUUAGGCGACGUGCGACGGGGGACUGUGGUUAUGUGUGGGGGGGCCUCGGCGCAUCGACCCAAGUCGACUGAGUGACUGUUCAUUUACACACACCCUGUUGACUUGCUCACCGCAUGCGUCUACAUGGCCCCCCUACUCGAGGAACCACAGCAAGGCCCCCAAAGCGAUUGCUGACUGAAGUGAUGGGAAUCUGGCGAAGAGAAGUAAGCCGGGUGGGAGCCUCUAAUCGCGUCCUGCCCAAGGCUCCCGAGACCAUCCUCUUCCUCGUCCAGCUAGGCUCCGUACUCGUGCCUCGGCGUCGUUGCAGACCAGCCUAUUCAGGUCACUCGGCUCGAUUGGUUGGUUUCUCAUCUCGUCAGAUUGGGGUGGGUUUGGCGCUAUGCAUCCCUACCUACCCCGCAGUUUCUCCGUCCCUUCAUCUCACCUCAUCUCUCGGCCACCCACACCCACUCCGUACACACACCGCGGCAUCAAUGUCAUCCUUUUCGGGAUAUCUAUCGCGCUUUUGUGAAGUCGUUUCAUCAUCGUCUCUCCAUUUCUCUCCUCUCUUGCUGUUGGCUUAGAGUCUCCACCCGUCCUCCCGCUGGUAUCGUGGUA